GCCUGAGAUGUGAAGCGUGUUAUGUGAGCGAAGGUGUUUUCCCACCUUGCCGGUGGUGGGAACAAAUGCUGCGCUCCGUUACCAUGACAGCGGAAGUCCUCUUCCUCCUGGUGCUCCCGCUGAGCGGCGUUCUGUGCAACCCCGUGGUGACCUCCUCGGUGAGCAGAGACCGCCUGGAACGGGUGCUGACCCAGGCCCGGGGGGACAAACAGCAACACAAACAAGCCCCCGCGGACGAUUACGCUGCUCAGCGUCGACUGGAGGAAACAAACACUUUCGGCCCGAACAGGACCACUUCCAGUCUCGCCAGGCCGGACUUCAGUUCUCUGACACAGGGGUCCAAAGACAGGAAGUCCCCGGAGCUCCGGAGCGAACAGGACCGUCAGACAGACGAGGGUCCAACCAGUGACCUCACACAGUCCUUGGACGCCAUCGACGAGUACGCCUACCCAGACUACAGGGGCAAAGGCUGCAUGGACGAGAACGGCUUCGUGUUCGCCAUCGGCGAGCAGUUCACCCCGGGCCCUUCCACGUGUCCUUGUCUCUGCACGGACGAGGGCCCCAUGUGCACCAAACCCGAAUGCCCCAAGGUCCACCCUCGCUGCAUCAAGGUGGACACGAGUCAGUGCUGCCCGCUCUGCAGGGAGAAGAAGAACUACUGCGAGUUCCGAGGCAACGUCUACGCCUCGCUGGAGGAGUUCAAGGUGAGCCCGGUAACUGCACUCAGUCACACCGUCAGAACCCCAGAGAGGUUCUGA